GACAGCUCCAGACUCACAAUGGCAACAACUCGAACUCAGCUUCGACCAUUAUCUAUAUCUACUCCUCCGCCGGCGGACAAAGACCCUUCAAUUCUUAGACGGGACAGCAUCUCUAAUCGCAAAUCACUCGUCAACACAUCCCCCGAGCAACGACUAGUUCGCAGGUCAUCUAAUCGCAGCUCCUGGUCCUCAGCUUCUAACACAUCUCCUACCGACGUCCCGUCCCCCUUGUCAGAUUCCGCCUCCGCAGGUCCACGGAAAUUUCGUCUUCCGGUCAGAGUGUCCACGCAGCCGUCCUUUGGCACCUCAGACUCCAGCCCCCAAGCCCGGAGACGCUCUUUGAGCCUCUCUUCAGACCCCAAAACGGAUAACAAGGCAGCGUCGGACCUCAAACGGCGCACCAGGAACCUCUAUCUCUCGCAGCUAGACGAGGACAAGGCCGAGGAGCUUCGCAAGAGCCCCAGACCGUCACCAAGAGUCGCAAGCCCCCCACCUCCCUACGAAAGAAAGGGCUCAGCAUCAACUGAGACCUUAAAAGUGUCCGAUAAGGCAAAAGAUUCUCCCAAGCCAGCAGGCCCCGCCGACGCUCCCAAGCCGGCACCAGUUGCAGCAGCACCCCCCACACGGUCACCAGCUCCACGGUCUCCAAAGUCGCCCCGGAAGCAACAACCAGCUCCCACAACAACCACUCCGUCUCCAAAAACUACUAUCACACCAGCACCUCAGAAAAUGUCUUCCUCCAGCAGCCCUGAGCCCCAGAGGACCGGCGUCGUCGCCCCCAACCCCGGCCAGAACCCCAACCAGCCCCGCGGGUUCGACAUGUCGAUGCAGAACGGUCAGAUGAAGGGCCAAGUCGGCCACAGCCUCCCGCUCCCCGGCCUGUCCGGUACCGCCAACGGUCCAGCUGGUAACCUCCUCAAGGGGCCCGUCGACGACCACGGAAACCUGAAGGCUGCUGCAUUGACUGUUGGUAUCAAGCUCGACUUGGAGGCUGAAGUUCAUCUCUCAGCCCGUGUUAGGGGUGAUAUCCUCGUGGGUCUUUAUUAG